AUCUUUUCAGCCGAAUAAACCAACGAACCAUCUUUUGAGACAAACAAAUUGGUUUGCGGUCGAUACCCCCGCCACGAACGAAUAUUCUCACUUGAUUGGUCCGCCAGAGUUACACCAAUCGUGACUUGCUGUUGUUCCGCUGGCCUAUUUUAGCUUUGGUACCUUUUCCAUCCUUGUUUUUUUUUCGCCUUGGUGUAUCUUCUAUCCUCUUAGAUGUCCUUCCUUGCUCGCUUUGUGCGUCAAGCUCCCAACGCAGAUGGCAAAUCAGAAGUAUUUGCAUUUGCAAAUCUAUCUGGUAGCGAGCCAUCUCAUGUACAAAACUCCCCAACUAGCCAACGGCCGGACCGAUUGCGCGAAAGCCCUGAACAUUAUCAACUCUGCAACAACAACCUCCCACCCCACAAGCUCGACAAAGUGAACCAUCGCAACUCUCUUGUUAGGCGUUCUGAUUCCGGCUAUCAGUCAAUGUGUGAUGAUAUCAACGAAAACCAAUGCGAUACUCUCAGCCAGGAGCUGCAGUAUAUUGAUGAAACCUAUUACCCGUCCUUAAGGCUUUGGGACCAGGAAGCCACUGAUAUCAACUUUGAUACUUUGGACACUGAUACCAUGAACGAGCAGCAGGAGAUUGACGAUCAGCAGAAGAAGUUCGGCUGGACCAAAGUAUCUUUUCGAGAUGUCGAAAUCGAAGUAUCUCGAUACGGCGCUAUUCAGCGCAUUGGCGCUGUUGAUAGGUCAAUCGUUCGGCUUAGUCCCAAUAUCAGUUCUCUAUGGCCCGCCCUCACCCAAAUUCAUCUUUCAAAUAACCUACUCGAAAAGCUACCCGCCUCAUUGGCUUGUCUGCGAAACUUGACCAACUUGGAAUUAUCCGGCAACAGACUGACCGAGCUUCCUGAUAACAUUGGACGCCUAACCAGGCUAACUGUAUUAAACGUCUCCAACAACAUGAUCACUCACCUUCCUGACUCAAUGGGCUCUUUAAGGAAGCUGACCGUUCUGCUACUAAAUGACAAUCAGCUGUCUGACCUGCCAAAGAGCCUUGGUGAUCUCAAGCUGCUGACCACUUUAGAUAUCAGUCGUAACCCGGUUAGGAUCGUCCCUGCUGAACUUGCCCGCCUGCAAUAUUUGCGCUAUAUUCGAGUCGACGGUUGCCCCAUGGUGUUGGAAUAUGCACCAGAACCAAAACACAGUCCUCCAUCACUCCUUGAGUUAGCAGCUCGCACCAUUGUACGAAACGACAUCGAGGUUCCUAACCACGUACGGGACGACAUCAAGGAAUACGUUUCAUCCGCAAAUAAAUGCACUCAUUGCGGCGGACCUUUCUUCACGUCCUACGUGCAAAGAGUCAAACUUGUGGAAAAGGCUGACCAAACUAUGAUACCCAUGGAGUAUAACCUCUGUUCGGCCCACUGGAAUGACGAUAAAGGUAGAAUCAUGGCGAUGUUUGCCUCCAGGCCAGCCACAAGCAAAAAGCCCGCCCACGUUUUGCGAGCUGAAAAGGCAACCAGAUCUACCUCUUCUGAACAACAAUUUGAUUUGCGAAGCCCACGGCAGGGUAACCAACCCCGUCGACGAAACACCACUUCAGAAACCCUUCGUAGAACUCCCACCCCUCUCGCCUCUCCAAUCCCCGCAUCUCCCAUUCCUUCAAGUAUGAUGAGCGAUAUAACCGAUGUUCCCGAGCGAACAGCAUCGCCUGCAUCUAUGAUGUCAAAUUCAGCAACCAUCAGCAUAAGCUCAUUAGCUCGUAAGAUGUAUACUUCGUCACCUUCUUCAAUGUCACAGAUGGACACAGUGCUGUCAGCAUCCUCAUCUGGAUCGUCCACGCCUGAAAUUGCACCCGCGACUUUGCCCACCCGAUGGAGGACUCAAAAAGUCCGUAACCGGAGCAAUACGGGAUUCUUGAGUCUGAGCAAGCUGCAACGAGCCACCUCAUUCUCAAGCACCCCGUCUAGCCAAGGCAUUGCCAUCUAGCAUAUUUAUGACUAAAGAUACCAUGUCAAUAUCACCAACCCCCUUUCAUGAAAUUAUAGAACCCUUUUGUAUCCGAUAUAUUCUCAUCCAAGUUAUGUCACCCCCUUUCCUUCACCAUAGCUUGAUGCUGGCCCUGAAUAUAAAGAUAUUUAUAAAGCGAAUCAUGAAU